AUGUCGACUAAUUGGGUCCCGCCUAACAUAGCUGCGAUCUGCCCAGAACAGCAAGCACAACUCACGCAAUGUACCUCCACGGGAUAUCUGUUCCUUGCUCUGUUGUCUCAGCUCUACAGCGGCUCGAAAGACAACCAACACAAAGAUUUUUUAAGCUACUGGGAUGCACCAAUCGGCAGUGAUCCAAUAAAAUUAGCACCGUACUACGACAACCAAGAAAUUCCUCUAGGACCGCUUCCGCAGAAAUCCAUAGACACGAGUAUUCAUCCGAAAGAACCGAAUGAACAUUUGGUACACCAAUACUUUUUCCCUGAUAAGAUUAGUGCGCCUGAAAAAACUUCGACUAAGGUUUACAGCCAUGGACCCGGAGGUAGUCGAGGUGUCUCCCAAGUAUCAUCGUAUUUCCCAACGUUUGACUUCGAGAAAUUUAAUGUGAAAUUCCAAAAGGAUCAUGGCUCCGACCAUUUCGGUUUUGAAAGUCAGAAAAAGCGGGAACCGUUUUCGGGGUCUGCUUACUCGAAUCCGUACUUAUAUCGUCGUUCUGAUGACCAUGAUGAUUUUGAGAAGAAGUUAUUUUCGGAUGCGGUGCCGGCUGAUUCUGCGAAAGUUUCAGUGAAAGCUGAGAAGAAGAUGGGUGCUAAAAGUCGUAAGAAGAGGCAGCAGGUUGAGACGUAUGAUUUCAUCGUGGUUGGUGCUGGCUCCGCUGGGUGCGUGGUUGCUAAUCGCCUGUCAGAAGUAAAGCAAUGGAAGGUCCUGCUAAUAGAAGCUGGUCCCGAAGAACCCGAUGUGACCAGCGUCCCAGCCUUUGCCCCUGCGCUGGGUAGAUCUAGCAUCGACUGGAACUACCGUACACAACCAGAGGAGAUGACCUGUAGAGCGCAGAGAGGUCAAACUUGCGCGUGGUUGAGUGGUCGAGUUAUGGGGGGUUCAAGCUCUAUUAAUUAUGUGGUUUACAUGAGAGGUAAUAAAAAAGAUUACGACGAGUGGGCCGCUCUCGGCAAUGAAGGCUGGAGUUACGCAGAAGUGCUACAUUACUUCAAGAAAUCUGAAAACAAUGUGAACAUUGAAGGUAAUGAUAUCGAUUACCAUUCAGUUGGAGGGCCUCUUAACGUAGAAAGAUUUUCGUACACUGAUCCAAAUGUUGUAAUGCUCAUUAAAGCGUUUCAUGAGAAGGGGUUCCCAUUAGUUGAUUUUAAUGGAAGACGACAACUUGGUACCAUGACUACUCAAACAACGACAAAAGACGGCAAAAGAGUGUCAACUAAUGACGCUUUUAUAAGACCUAUACGUGAAAAACGACCUAAUCUCGUAAUCAAAACAAACGCUCAAGUUACUAAAAUCCUCAAAGAUAAAGAUCACAAGGAGUACAGUACUGCUCAUGGGGUACAGUAUUUUAAAAAUGGUGCCUAUCAUGAAGCUUAUGCUACUAAAGAAAUUAUAAUCAGCGCAGGUGCUUUGAACAGUCCAAAAAUUUUAAUGCUAUCUGGAAUUGGACCAAAAGAAGAACUAGAUAGACUGAACAUUCCUGUGAUAAUGGAUUUAAAGGUUGGAUAUAAUCUGCAAGACCAUGCUACUACAGAAGCAGUAUUGAUGGCUCUCAGCAAUGAAACAUCAACACUAUUAGCUGAUAAAUUAAUGUUGCAGACAAUACAAAAUUUCAAAAAAUAUGGGACUAGAUUUGAUGAGAUUUCGGCCACAGGACCUUUACAUAUGACAGCUUUUUAUCGAACAAAGUUUGCUCUCGAUGACGAAACUAUCCCAGAUAUUCAAUUUCAUUUUGACGGCAGAAAUCAAAAAGAUUUCUUUAAGGAUCCCACUACAUAUUUAGCCACAAACAUAUUUCCGUUUGCAUUUUACGAUAGUAUUAACGUCAGACCGAUUCUUCUGCACCCUGAAAGCCGAGGAUAUUUAACUUUAAACAGAACUCAUCCCGUAUUUGGCCAACCUCUGAUUUACCCAAGAUUUUUCACAGUGAAAAAUGAUUUAGAUACUUUGGUAGCGGCGUUAAAGUUCGCAGGUAAACUGGAAAAGACUAAAGCUUUUAGAGAAAAUAGAGUUAAGUUUAUAAGAAAGCGUGUGGAACCGUGUACGGCACAUGCUUGGGGUACUUCCAAAUACUUUGCUUGUAUUAUUAAAAGUUAUACAGGCACUAUAUACCAUCCCGCUGGAACUUGCAAGAUGGGUCCAAGAUAUGAUGAGAAUGCUGUUGUGGAUGCAAGAUUAAAAGUGUAUGGUGUUCAAAAUUUGAGGGUAGCGGAUGCUUCCAUAAUGCCUCAUAUUGUUAGAGGGAACACUAAUGCGCCUUGUAUAAUGAUUGGAGAGAAAGUCGCUGAUAUGAUUAAAGAAGAUUGGGAUACCGUUUAUUGGGGAUCGCCGCGUUAAUUUUAAGAGAACAUUUCUACUAGACGAAUUGUGUACGGGUAUCUGAUGUACCUACAGGUAGAAAUAUUUUACCACCACCACUCUAAAAGUAUUGGAAUUGCUGUGAAGAAUUGGCCUAUAUUUUUUUUACCAAUCUGUCAAUGUCAAGAUAGGGCCAGCGUAUUGCCAUGAACCGGCUACAAAAAUUCAAGUGUUGAGCGGCUACCAAAAAAAACACCAAUAAUCCCAAUAAAAGCUUUAAAAAUAUAAAACAACCUCGUAGAUUAUGUAUUUAAAUAAUUUUAAUAACUAGUGCAUAGAAGAGAGUACAAAAUAAAGUGUUUGAUGAUCAUUUUCAGCUCCUAUCAAUUUAAUCACUUCGGCAUUAAAAUGCCUUGCAUUUUACAUAGUCAUUCAUUAAUUAUGUAUGUAAAUGAGUUUUUAUACCUUAAUAGCUUAAGUUAAAUAUAUAAUUUUUGCCAAAGAAUUAAUGGUCUUUUUAUUUUCUCCAACCAAUCUAGUUUUAUUCUAAUUUUAUAAGCAGCAAUUUUUUCAUCGGUUGGGUAAGUGAAAGUAUUAACUUUUUUACAUUAAAUAGAUGUUGGACUUAACGUUAUUCGUCGUAGAUUUUAUUUAGUAGUAUUUUACAUGUUAAUAACAUACAUUUAUUAAAUUUAAUACUUUAGAGUCGAUUAGAGUAUCUAUUCAUCAUCAUCAUCAUCAUCAUAUCGCAGUCCACUGCUGGACAUAGGCCUCUCCAAGUGCACGCCACUGAGAUCGAAGCUGAAAAUCGAGUAUCUAUUGUUUUUGAUAAAUUAGUCUGGGUUGUGGGUCUUUUUUAUAAUUAACAAAACUUGUAAUUGUGAAUUGGCUGGGAUUUUAUACAUUGAUAUAACAGUAUACGUGACAUUUAUAUAACUUUGACAGAGAACGUAAAUCAUUUUUUUAUUAAAAUAAAAAAUCAAGAAAACAAAAAAAAAGAAAUCAGUAAAAUAAUAGAAAUAGAGUUCAAAGCUACAACUUUUUGCAGUCAGUGUUUUCUUCAUCAGAACUUUUCAAUACAGCUACUCUUUGCCUAGAAUUCGUAUUUUUAUUUUAACUGACCUAUUGCAUCUUACCUGUACUGCAGAAAAGUUUUCGCAUCAAAAUUCUUCUGGCUCUGACAGUUUUUAAAUUGGAAAAAAGCCACUUCGAUGCACGACGUGACAUCAUCAUAUUUUUUGAGUCCUACCUUUUAUAUUUCUUUUUAUUUUUAUUCA